AUGGCGACGGAGACAUCCUACAAGGACGCUCUCCUCACUCUGCUAUUGAAGGCCUCUGCUCUAUCCUUUGGCACCUACACUCUCAAGUCUGGCCGCAUCUCUCCCUACUUCUUCAACUCUUCCCUUCUGCACACCUCGUCCCUUCUAGACGCUCUCGCACGUGGCUUUGCUUCAGUGCUAACCUCUCCUCCUUUCUCCCUUCCCCUUGGCACCGAAGAAGCUGGCGCAGACGCAGAUGGCUCGUUUGCACCUCAUUUUGACGUCGUCUUUGGUCCGGCAUACAAAGGAAUCCCGAUGAGUGCGAUUGUGGCCAGAGAGCUGUUUUUCGCCGGGAAGCAUUUUGCAGGUGUUUCUUAUGCAUACAACAGAAAAGAAGCAAAGGAUCAUGGAGAAGGAGGCAUCGUCGCCGGAGCGCCGCUCAAGGGCAAGCGAGUGGUCAUUGUGGAUGAUGUCAUGACUGCUGGCACUGCCCUGCGAGAAGCCGUCUCCAUCAUCAAGGCUCAGGGUGGUAUUGUGGUUGGGGUGGUUCUUCUUUUAACCAGACAGGAAUGUGUCUCCGACGCAGAGCCGAGAAGUGCUAUGAAGGUGGCCGAGGACGAGCUAGGUGUGCCUGUGAGGGCUGUGCUCACGUUCCAAGACUUGCUCGAAGCUAUUGAGGCUGGAAAGGUCGAGGGAGCCGGGCAGGAGCAACUCGAACUCAUGAAGGACUACCGUGAAAAAUAUGGAAGCAAAGACUGA